AUGGUUGAGGAGAUAGAUAUAAUGGAAUCAUGUGUCCCACCUGGAUUCCGGUUCCACCCGACCGACGAGGAACUUGUUGGGUAUUAUCUGAGGAAGAAGGUUGCAUCGCGGAAGAUUGAUCUUGAUGUCAUCAGAAACAUCGAUCUCUAUAGGAUCGAACCAUGGGAUCUUCAAGAGAGAUGCCGGAUCGGAUACGAGGAGCAAAGCGAAUGGUAUUUCUUCUGCCACAAGGAUAAGAAGUAUCCAACGGGGACAAGGACUAAUAGAGCAACCAUGGCUGGUUUUUGGAAAGCAACAGGGAGAGACAAAGGAGUGUAUGAUAAAUUCAAGUUGAUUGGCUUGAGGAAGACUCUUGAGGAAGGCUGGGUUGUUUGUCGAGCAUUUAAGAAGAAACCAACAGGUAAAACCAAGAACAUUGAAGUGUGGGAUUCAAGCUAUGACGAAGCUAAUGGUAUUAGCUCAGCGAUUGAUCCACUCGAUUACAUGUACAUGUCAAGGCAACCCCAGAGUUUUUUACCUCCAAAUUUCUUUUGUAAACAAGAGACCGAGCCAGAAAACUUGAACUUUGCCCACUCUGAUCAGUUCGUGCAGCUUCCUCAGAUAGAGAGCCCAUCUCUGCCAUUAACAAAGAAUGCAAGCUCCAUAUCACUAAUAUCAGACAAUAACAAGCAUAACAAGAAGGAAGAAGAUCAUCAGAAGCAGAAGACAAUGUUGAACAGUGCGGAGAUAGUGACUGACUGGAGAACCCUCGACAAAUUCGUUGCUUCUCAGCUGAGCCAAGAAGACAGGUACCAUGAAUUUGACGCGGACAAUAACAGCAACUCUGACAUGGCAUUGCUGUUGUUACAGGGUAGCGGUAGUGAAGAAGGGAAGAAGUUGAAUGAAUUCUUGAUUUCGAGUUCAGUUUGUGAUAUCGGAAUAUGCAUAUUUGAUAAGUGA